CACAAACGAAGAAUGACGAGGCGGCGUCAUCGUCAUCUUGCUUCCAUUCACCUGUUCACUUUCACUCUUGUUGUCUAGCUGAGCAUGGAAUCUUGCAGCACCUGCGCCAUUAUACUGCCUCAGACCCUCUCCCCAGCAGCCAACAAGGCUCUGCCGCAGGAUCGGAGAGUUGAGUGCUGUGGGAGAAUCAUCUGUGGCAAAUGCGUUCAGGACAAUCCUCGUUUCGCAAGGUACUGCCCGUAUUGCCAAGUGUCAACCGCGCCCUCGCCGCUGCCACAGAGGCUGAAAGACCCUCCAUCAUACACUUCCAUCCCGUCCACUAGGGCUACUACAACAGAGGCGUCUUCUGCGCCGCCGCCGUACACCCCCACUGCUACCUCAGGCACACCCGAGUUGCACGAGAAGACAGCGCUCGCUGGAGACCCUGAGAAAAGCGAGGCUGCCGCACAAGACACGCUUCAUUUCCUGGAUCAUGAGCACGACAGCAUCGCGACUCUGUCCCUCAAAUACGAUGUCCCGGCGGCUGCGCUGCGUCGCACCAACAACAUAACAAGCGACCACCUGCUUGUCGGUCGCAAGACAGUCCUGAUACCGGCCGAAUAUUAUCGAGCAGGCGUGAGCCUCUCUCCCCGACCGGUGGAUGGCGAAGACGAAGAGCUUCGCAAGAGUAAAAUCCGUCGCUUCAUGACCUCGUGCAAGGUCUCCGACUACGACGUCGCUCUCUUGUAUCUGGAACAGUCCGCCUAUGAUCUCGGGGCUUCCAUCGAAGCCUUCUUCGACGACGAAGCAUGGGAAAAAAGUCAUCCCAUGCAGCGGUUGGGUAAGGUUGGUUCGGCUAAGAACGUCGCCAAGAAUUGUGACACCUUUCGGCGAAGACCGUAAGCCGAGUGUCGCACCUUUGCAUCUUGUUAAUGGCGUGGGGGCGGAGAGGGACUUGAGCAGUCUCCAUACAUGCUUCGAUUCCAGAGAAAUCGUAACAUCCAUAUCUUGGAUGCCAUUCCCUGGUCGCUCAGGGGUUUGUUGCUCCGUACAUAUUCCGAGGGUUGUAAUCGAUUCGACGUGUAACAACAAUACACAAAUUCUUACACAUCGCUCGCACACAUGCCGAUGACCGACC